AUGUUAUGUGACGUUGAAAAUUUUAUUCUUAAUAUAUCUAAUAAGCCAUCUGAUGGUUCCAAUGAUUACAUUAAAACAAUUAUGGAUUUUUGUCAUAAUGAUAUUGAUAUUGAAAAAUUAAAAUCUGAAACAUUUAUGAUUUCAGACUUUUUCAAAGUUCUUAUUAACAAAAAUCAAAUGAAAAUAAAACUAAUUACCAAAAUUUCUACAGUUUGUGAAAUUGGAAAACAAAUGUUUCAGAAUACAGGUUCUACUCCAUUUGAAGCUCUUCGAACAGUAAACGGUCAGAUCUGUGCAACAUUUCGUGAAGCAUGUCAAUUACAUGGAUUACUGGAAGAUGAUCAGCAAUGGGAUGCCACCAUGUCCGAAGCAGCUGCAGCUCAAUCGCCAGUAAGAUUAAGAAAUCUAUUUGCUCUUAUACUAGCUGUUUGUGGACCAUCCAAUCCAAAACAAUUAUGGGAGUCGUACAAAGAAAGCUUGAUUGAAGACAUUCUGAGAAAUGCUGGCAGGCAAAAUCCUGGAAUGAAUUUGGAUUAUACACCAGAUAUGUUUAAUGAAGCACUGAUUAUUAUUGAAAAUAAAGUUUUAGAGAUGGGUGGCAAAGAACUUGAGAAAUUAAAGCUCCCAACUCCUCAACGAAAUUCGGGUGAUCGAUUAAACAGUGCAAUGCUCAGAGAAACAAGUUAUAAUGUGAAAGAGUUGGAUGCUUAUAUAACAGCAAAUGAGCCACUGUUGGUGCCGGAUCAGAGAGCUGCAUACAAUGCGAUUUUGGAUCAGAUCGAGAAGAAAGCUGGUGAAAUAAUCUUCAUUGAUGCAUCUGGUGGAACAGGGAAGACAUUUGUCAUUAAUUUGUUAUUGGCUAAAAUUCGGCAUCAGUCAAAGAUUGCGAUUGCGGUCGCCUCUUCCGGUAUCACUGCUACGCUGCUUCACGGUGGUCGUACUGCGCACUUGACAUUAAAGUUACCUGUUAAGUUUUUGGAAAAUCAAACUCAUGUCUGUAGUAUUACCAAAGGAACUGGCGAAGCAAAGGUUCUGCAAGAAUGUGAACUUAUUGUAUGGGACGAGUGCACAAUGGCUCAUAGGUAUGCAUUAGAAGCUUUGAACCACACUUUACAGGAUCUUCGUAACAAUGGAAAGAAUAUGGGUGGAGUAGUUGUACUUAUUACUGGCGAUUUUAGGCAAACAUUACCAGUUAUUCCAAAGGGUACCAUGGCUGAUGAGCUAAAACCUUGCUUGAAAUCUUCGUAUCUUUGGAGACAUGUUGUACCAUUAAAACUCAGUACUAACAUGAGAGUGCACUUACGAGGUGACGUAUCUGCCGGCCGUUUCGCUGAACAACUUCUCGCAAUUGGAAAUGGCAAAAUACCUGCUGACCCAGUCAGUGGACUUAUUAAUAUUUCAGACAACGUUUGCAAUAUCGUUGAAUCAGUCGAAGAACUCAAGAAUAAAGUGUUUCCAAACAUUCAAACUCAGUACAAGGAUCACAAAUGGUUAUGUGAACGUGCUAUUUUGGCUCCGAAAAACGUCCAUGUAAAGACUAUCAAUCUACAAAUACAGCAACAACUUCCUGGUGAAGCUAUAUCUUACAAAUCAAUCGAUACAGUUAAAGAUAUCGACAUGGUAGUUCAGUAUCCAACUGAGUUUCUCAAUUCACUAGAAUCUCCUGGAAUGCCACCACAUAACUUGCGUCUGAAAAUUGGAUCAUUUAUUAUGCUCCUAAGAAAUCUGGAUGCACCAAGAUUAUGUAAUGGUACAAGGCUAUGUGUCAAAACUCUAAUGCCUCAUGUAAUCGAAGCAACGCUCAUGACAGGUUGUGCAAAAGGUGAAAAUGUAUUCAUACCAAAAAUACCUUUGCUCCCUUCUGAUAUACCAUUCGAAUUUACACGACUUCAGUUUCCAGUACGGCUUGCCUUCGCAAUGUCUAUUAAUAAGGCUCAAGGGCAAUCAUUUAAAGUUGCUGGUGUCAAUUUAGAAACUCCUUGCUUUUCUCAUGGUCAACUUCAUGUGGCAUGCUCGAGAGUAAGUGGCGUACAAACACUUGGUGAAAAUAUUGCUGACGAUGGCAGAUUGAAAGCAUCCGUCUUCGUAAGACAUGUAACUUCUGAUGUUACACAUAAAAUUGUACAUUUUCUAGGCGUAUCAAAAUUGGGCUCGAGUUAA